GGAUAUCCGAAGAAGAGAUCGCGAAAGAAAUCAAAGAAAGAAAGGAAAAGGAGCCACAACGCCUAACGGAAGAGAGGAUAGCAGGGAUGGACAUCGGAGAUGAAAAUCUGACUGCACAGGAGCGAGAACGUGUGAUAGAAAUUCUGAAGACAUGUGAUAAGGCAAUAGCUUUCAGCGACGUGCAGCGCGGUAGGAUUGACCCUCGAUACGCUAAGCCAGCGAGGAUUUACACGAUUCCACAUGUUCCUUGGAAUGACGCAGGAUGGAAAUACGCCCAGAAGGAGAAGGAAGAAGUUAUCGCUUUCCUGAAAGAAAAGAUGGUUUCCCACGUUGCGCAGCCGUCUGAUAGCGCUUAUGCUAAUCGAUGGUUCUUCCUACGAAAGCCGAAUGGCAAGAUCCGAUGGAUCCAGGACCUUCUGAAGGUCAACGCGGUGACGAUACGAGACGUGGGCUCUGUGCCACACUCCGAUUUACUGGCAGAAGGCGCCGCAGGUAGGUCGAUUUAUUCGGUCUGUGAUCUGUUCUCAGGUUAUGAUGAGGUACCGCUUGACCCUAGGGACAGGCACCUCACGGCUAUGCAUACGCCAUUGGGACUAAUACAAAUGAUGGUUGUCCCUAUGGGUUGGACUAAUGGGGUAGCCGUUUUUCAGAGAGCCAUGGUAGCCGUCCUCAAGGACUUCAUCCCUGAUAAGGUUGAAGUUUUUCUGGAUGACUUUCCUAUAAAAGGGCUAGUACACAGAAUGAGACAGAGGUUGUACCUGGAGUUAGAAGAUUCGUCGAGCAGCACCUAACAGAUAUUUGCGCGGUACUCGAGCAGUUGGACGAUGCGAAUUUAACAGUCAGCGGAACAAAGAGCCGAUGGGCCG